GCUGGUGACGGAGGCGAGGAAUUCGCAGCAGCUUUGGACCAUCAGCGGCUUGGAUGGCACAAGCUUUCAGCUCCCCGUGGAUGAGACAGCGAAGGUGGACGACCUCUCCAAGACCAUCGCAGGAAGAAUCGGCAUGAGGGCUGGUGGAAAGCUUGUUCUUUUUGCAGGUGGCCAAAUCUUGGAGGACUCAUCCAAGCUUUUGCAGCAAGAAGCGUGCGGACGAGAGAUCUCAUAUGUCGUUCGACAGGUUUGCGCACUGGAGGCAGCGAUUGGGUUCCAAAGGGCCCUUGCAGAGGGAACAAGAGACCAUGCGCAUGCGACAGUGACGGGUGCAAUUGCCUCAAUUGCCUUCGACAACGGAUUCAAGCAGAGCUUGGAAGGUGUCACCUUCCCAAGCAGCCUGCAGGCUUUGACCUUCGGCUACAACUUCAAUCAGAGCUUGAAGGGUGUCAUUUUGCCAACUAGUCUGCAGACUUUGACUUUCGGCGGCAGCUUCAACCAGAGCUUGGAAGGUGUCACCUUGCCAAGCAGCCUGCAGACUUUGACCUUCGGCCGGGAAUUUAACCAGAGCUUGGAAGGUGUCACCUUGCCAAGCAGCCUGCAUACUUUGACCUUCGGCUGCAACUUCAAUCAGAGCUUGAAAGGUGUCAUUUUGCCAAGCAGUCUGCAGACUUUGACCUUUGACCAGAGUUUAGCAGGUGUCACCUUGCCAAGCAGCUUGCAGAAUUGGACCUUCGGCCAGAAAUUUCACCAGAGCUUGGAAGGUGUCAUCUUGCCAAGCAGCUUGCAGACUUUGACUUUCGGCUUUUGCUUCAACCGGAGCUUGGAAGGUGUCACCUUGCCAAGCAGCCUGCAGACUUUGACUUUUUUUCAUGAAUUUAUCCAGAGCUUGGAAGGGGUCACCUUUCCAAGCAGCCUGCAGACUUUGACCUUCGGCGACAUGUUUAACCAGAGUUUAGGAGGUGUCACCUUGCCCAGCAGCUUGCACACUUUGACUUUCGGCUGCCGGUUCAACCACAGCUUGGAAGGUAUCACCUUGCCAAGCAGCCUGCAGACUUUGACCUUCGGCCGGGAUUUUAACCAGAGCUUGGACGGGGUGACGUUGCCAAGCAGCCUGCAUACUUUGACCUUCGGUGACACCUUCAACCAGAGCUUGGAAGGUGUCACCUUGCCAAGCAACCUGCAUACUUUGACCUUCGGUGACAACUUCAACCAGAGCUUGGAAGGUGUCACCUUGCCAAGCAGUCUGCAUACUUUGACCUUUGACCAGAGUUUAGAAGGUGUCACCUUGCCAAGCAGCCUGCUAGCUUUGACCUUCGGCCAGAGCUUUAACCAGAGCUUGGAAGGUGUCAUCUUGCCAAGCAGCUUGCAGACUUUGACUUUCGGCUUUUCCUUCAACCAGAGCCUGGAAGGUGUCACUUUGCCAAGCAGCCUGCAGACUUUGACUUUCGGCUGGUGUUUCAACCAGAGCUUGAAAGGUGUUAUCUUACCAAGCAGCUUGCAGACUUUGACCUUUGGCUGGGAAUUCAACCAGAGCUUGAAAUGUGUGAUCUUGCCAAGCAGCCUGCAGACUUUGACCUUCGACUACACGUUCAACCAGAGCUUGGAAGGUGUCACCUUGCCAAGCAGCCUGCAAACUUUGACCUUCGGCGACGCGUUCAACCAGAGCUUAGAUGGUGUCACCUUGCCAAACAGCCUGCAGACUUUGACCUUCGGCAGGUGGUUCAACCAGAGUUUGGAAGGUGUGACCUUGCCAAGCAGCCUGCAGACUUUGACCUUUGGGCAAGGCUUUGACGUGAGUUUAGAAGGUGUCACCUUGCCAAGCAGCCUGCAAACUUUGACCUUCGGCGACGCGUUCAACCAAAGCUUAGAAGGUGUCACCUUGCCAGGCAGCCUGCAGACUUUGACCUUUGGUGACUUUUUCAACCAGAGCUUGGGAAGUGUGACCUUGCCAAGCAGCCUGCAGACUUUGACCUUCGGCAGCCGGUUCAACCAGAGCUUGGAAGGUGUGAUCUUGCCAAGCAACUUGCGUGAGCUUGGCUUGCCAGAGUUCAAUGUGUGCAUUCAUCACUGCGUCUUUUAAGUCAUGUGCCAGCCGCUUUCUGACAAACAGGUGCUCCAACGAAAGUCUUCAGGAUCUUCAGGGGACACGUCAUGAUCACGGACUAUGAAUAUUGCCGUG